AUGAAUUUAUUGAAUAUCGCUAAACAUUUUGUUUACAUAACUCAAACUGAAUAUGGAUAUGAACAUUCUGCUAUUACUACUGAUGAAAUUUGUGCUUACAAGCAGUUGUUCGAGGUUCUGAAGUCAUUCAAAGAUAGCUAUUUUAGUGAAAUUCAUACUUAUGAUACUCUCGAAUUAGCUGAUGAAUAUGAUGAAUUAACUGAUGACGAAGAAACAACCGAUCAAGAAGAAGAUAGUGAUAGUGAAGCUGAUGAUUAUAAUGAGAAUGAACACUGA